UGCGUUUACAUAAAGCGGAAAAGUUGAGCCAGGUGCGGGUCGGACAGGUAAAACAGGUUGGUACGGAGCUGUGUGAAGCUGUGUCUCCGGUCGAUGUACAAUUCUUCCCGAUUUAUUAAAGAAAUCACCUAUAAUAAGCCAAACUGGCCGCGCUGAUAUUUUUCUAAAGAGGACAUCAGGAUGAAGAAUGAGGGAGAGGCAGCUAAACGGCCUGACAACACAGCAUUCACGCAGCAACGGCUCCCGGCAUGGCAGCCCAUACUCUCCGCUGGCAUCGUCAUUCCCAGCUUUCUCCUCAUUGGUUUGGCUUUCAUAGGCAUCGGAAUUGGCCUCUUUCUGACCUCACAGACCAUCCAAGUGUGGGAGAUGGAUUACACAGGCGUUGAGAAGGAUUCACCCUGUUUCCGCUGUACGAUCCUAAGUAACCAAAACUGCACCUGUGAAGUCAUAUUCUCCCUCAGCACAUUAUUUACGGGCCCUGUCUUCUUUUACUAUGGCCUGUCUAAUUACUACCAGAACUUCAGAAAAUAUGGUGUGUCAAAAGACUAUUAUCAGCUCGCUGGCGAUACAGGAUACUUCAAGAAUCCAGAAGCAUAUUGCUCUCCAUAUGCGUAUGACUCCAAAAAGAACCCCAUUGUCCCAUGUGGAGCUAUAGCGAAUAGCAUUUUCAAUGACACAUUUGAGCUCUACCAAAUAAUCAAUGGUACGAAGAAGCAGGUGCCAUUAGACGGUAAAGGAAUCUCCUGGUGGACUGAUUACAACAUAAAGUACAGGAACCCUUCACCUGUGAAUGGCUCCUUUGCAAAAUCUUUCGAUGGUACAGUGAAGCCCAUAAACUGGCCCAAGCCGGCAUAUGAGCUGGACCUCACAGACCCAAACAACAAUGGUUUCCUGAACCAGGACUUUCUUGUGUGGAUGAGGAGAGCUGCUCUUCCUCAGUUCAGGAAGCUGUACCGGCGAAUCACAGAUGGUGAUUAUGCAGCGGGGCUCCCUGCUGGAAACUACUCUCUGAAAGUGCAUUACAACUACCCAGUACUGAGUUUUGAUGGACGUAAGAAGGUGGUCUUCAGCAACGUGUCUUGGAUGGGAGGGAAGAAUGACUUCUUGGGCAUUGCUUAUUUAGUAGUUGGCUCCUUGUGUGUGAUCAUGUCAGUGGUUAUGCUAGUUGUUUAUGCCAAAUUCAAAUUCUCAGAUGAUGAUGAAGCAAGGUAGCUUUGCUUUAUAAAGACCAGCUCGUACAUGCAUCAAAAAAGAAAAGAAAUAAGGGAUUCAUUAAGAUGGUGCCAAAUGUUAUUUUCAGACAAAAACAUCAUGGUCUAGAUAAUCAUUUUGCAUUCACAUGUUAGAAAGUUUUAACUUCAGGUCAUUUAUUUAUUUUUAAUCAGGAAUUGUUUACUAAAAGAACUUGAAUGUUCUAAGAGUGACAUCUUCAAAUUAGUUCAUAUGUCUUAGAAUCUGAAGAUCAAAAUUGUUAUCUGAGGUCAUUAUUCAGGGUUUCUUUUUGUCUACUUUGACUCUCUCAGGUAUAAAAGAUGAAUUAGCAAUUUGAUUAGCUAUUUUGUUUGGUUUCUGGACAAUACAGAUUAAAUCUUAUAAUGGUUUUUAAAUUUGUUUAAAACUUAGAUUUCUUGACUACUCAAGAAAUGUUUAACAGAUAUAUGGACAGAGACAGUCUCAGGUGCCAUAUCUACCUGUCAAAUGCAUAGCUUGGGUAAAGCUUUGCGUAUGUUUAGUUUCAUAUAUUGAGAAUUAAAAUGUAUUGCAGCUUGUAUAUUUUCUGUAAUAAACUUAAAAUGCUGUUUUAUAAUAUUAAAAGGUUUACACAAGCAUUUUAUUGCUGUCUUAUAAUAUUUAGCCAUAACGGCAGCACUGUUUUUGUUGUGAGCUUUUAACUGUUUCAAGCAUGAAAGAUUUUAUUUCCAAGCAAGGGAAAUGCUGUGCUUUUACAGUGCCAUUUGUACUGGACAAGUUAAAUGAAAGUGAAGGGCGAAUCUUGACUUCGUUUGCACGCAUCGGUGAUAUUGAUCCCUGUUAGUGAAGGAGCUCUUAUUUGGGAGCAGUAUUCUGUGCAGAGUUUAGCUCUAAUUCAGCACUCUGGUUCAGUGUCUUUUGAAAUACAAUGUUUGAAUAGUGAUCUGCUCAUAAUUAUCACUUUUGUGUACUGCUCAUAAUUAACACUUGAUUGUCUGGACCUGAUUUUUAAUGUUACUUAAAAUAAAAAAGGCUAUUGUCUGCACAUGAAUUUGGCAAGUAAAGAUGACAUAAUUAAGAUUUGUGAUAAAUUCAAUUGCAAAAUUAUUGAAUUUCUGAAACCCUCCAUCACACUUGUGCCUUUGUAUACAUCAUUUAACAUUAGGCUGCUUUGGGGAGAACCUACACUAUACACUAUGCCCCAAAAAAGUUUGGAGUUGGUAAUUGGUUAAUAAACUUGAUCUCUCUUAUGCUCA